AAGUAUAACUUCUACCAGGUUGGAAAUUACAAGCGCCCCAAGCGUCUGCCCCAAUCUCAUCAUCAGAUCACUCCUCCGUCGAUCACCGCCAUCACUACCGCCACCGCUGCCGGCCGCCUGCAUCCACCACAGAACUUCACUCGCUACCUCUCGCUUCAUCGGAUAAUUCGUCUGGUUUUUGAAUAUGUAUGAUCCUCUUGGAAAUCCUCCUGGAGGGGCAAGACCACCAUCAAAUACACCACAAACUCCUUUUGGGAAUCCAUUUUAUGGUGCCAGCUCAGGACUAAUCAAGGGUGGACUUGGUGCAUAUGGAGAAAAAAUCUUAGGUUCAAGCUCUGAGUACGUGCAAAGUAAUAUUAGUCGAUACUUCUCUGAUCCACAAUAUUAUUUUCAAGUCAACGACCAUUACGUGAGAAACAAAUUGAAAGUCGUUCUAUUCCCUUUCCUGCACAGGGGUCAUUGGACAAGAAUUACUGAGCCCGUAGGGGGUAGGCUAUCAUAUAAACCCCCUAUCUAUGAUAUUAAUGCUCCAGAUUUGUAUAUCCCAUUGAUGGCUUUCGGUACAUAUGUUGUUCUUGCUGGCUUCUCAUUGGGACUUCAAGGGAAGUUUACCCCAGAAGCACUGAACUGGCUCUUCAUGAAGGGAAUAGUGGGUUGGUUUUUACAGGUUUCACUUCUAAAAAUGUCAUUAUUUUCAUUGGGUGGUGCAGAAGCACCUCUGCUAGACAUUGUAGCUUACGCUGGGUACGCCUUCACUGGAUUGUGCCUUGCGGUCUUCGGUAGAAUCAUUUUGUCGUACUCUUACUACUUCUUAAUGCCGUGGACUUGCCUAUGCAUGGGAAUCUUUUUGGUGAAAACUAUGAAACGCGUUCUUUUUUCGGAGGUUAGAAGUUUUGACUCCAGCAGGCACCAUUACUUGCUGCUGUUUAUCGCUUUAGCACAGUUUCCUCUCUUCAUUUGGCUCGGAAAUAUCACCCUCAAUUGGCUCUUUUAGAAAGUGUAGUAAAACUGUAUUUGUUUCGGAAUUUUCAGAUAUGUGAUAUUUUUUUUUUCUGCUUUGUUUUCAACUCAUGAAGAAUCUACCUUAUUUAUACCUCUUUUAGUGGACUACGUAAAAGAAAGUUCUUUCAAGAGUUGCA